CUUUUUUUGUUUGCAAUGUGCCGCUUUGCAAGUGAUGGCCCGCUCCACUGUUUGAUGCCGUAUGGAUGGGUGGAGAGGAGUGUCCCGUUUCGAGUCUGCUAUCAUCUGCCUAGGUACGUACAUGGGCACUCACCUACAUCAAUAUUGGUGUAUCCAGGUAAUAUGCGAUCCGAGAGAGUACAAGUGUGCAAUAUGCCGUAUACAUACGCAUGCCUGCUUGCAGCUGCUACCCUGUGCCAUUCUGUUUGCAACCUACUCACAGUCACAGUCCCUGUCGUGCACCUAGCUAUCAAGCACAGAGGUAUUCAUUACAUGUAG